AGACAAAGAGCUUUCAUAUAAACUUUUUAAAGAAGUUGCAGACAAUGUUGAAGAAUAUCAAGAUACAAUUUCUGAAGCGCCAUAUCAGUAUGCAAUUUCAUUACUUGAUGAUACAAAUAAAGGGGUAGAAAAUCGUAUGGAAUUGUGA